AAAAAGGGAAAUACUAAAUUACUUAAUAUAAUAAUUUUACUUGCUUCAAUUAAAUGUUAAUCCAAUACGACUAUAAAUAAGAAGUUGAGCAAGUUUAGCAAUGAAAACUGAUUUUAGUUAUUUUUUUACAUCGGUUUUUGAAUGAGUUGGAACUGAAUUUACUCUGCACCUAUAAAGAUUGUCCGCGAAUGCCUCAUGACUAUAGAUAACAAGGUUAUCAUGCAAGUUGAAAUGAUUGAAAGUUGUAGGUACUGCAAGUUUAUCAUCAAUUUUAACACCAAGGAAUUAGAUAUACAAGGUCAUGCAUCGACUUCAUAAAGUGCUAUCAGUUAUUGUUUAUACACACGUAUUUAUAUACGUUUUAAAUAUUGUUCAUGAGAAAGUGUAAGUUAGCAUGGAUUGCUCAGUGUAUUUUAUUGGAGUAGAUGUUGGAUCAGGAAGUGUGAGAGCCGCUUUGGUCGAUCAAUAUGGAAAGGUUAUCAAAAGCUCUGUUAAAAGUAUACAAACAUGGAAACCAAAACCUGGAUACUAUGAACAGUCAUCAAAUGAUAUUUGGGAAUGCUGUAUAUCUGUAAUUAAGGAUAUUGUGGUUGGGGUGAAACCCCAGCAUAUAAAAGGUAUUGGAUUUGAUGCAACCUGCUCAUUAGUAGCAUUAGAUGUUAAUGGAAAUCCAAUAAGCAUAAGUGAGACAAAAAAUAAUGCACAAAAUGUAAUCAUGUGGAUGGAUCAUAGAGCACAUGAAGAAGCAGAUUUGAUCAAUAAAACUGGCCAUGAUAUUCUCAGAUACGUUGGAGGCAAAGUCAGUUUAGAAAUGGAAAUGCCAAAACUACUCUGGAUAAAGAAACAUUUACCUACUACAUGGUUGCAAAGUAGAUAUUUCUUUGACCUUCCAGAUUUUCUUACAUGGAAAGCAACAGGAUCUGAAAGUCGGUCACUAUGCUCUUUAGUUUGUAAAUGGAAUUAUGAAUGUUCUUCUGAAAAAAAUCAUGGGUGGAAUAAAAAUUUUUUAAAAGAAAUAGGGCUUGGUGACUUAGCUGUUGAUGAUUUCAUUAAGAUUGGUAACAAAGUGUUAAUGCCAGGUGAAUAUUGUGGGGGUUUGUUGCCGCACAUAGCUUCUGUAUUGGGUUUAUUGCCAAACACUCCAGUUGCAACAUCCAUAAUAGAUGCACAUGCUGGUGGUCUUGGUAUGAUAGGAACAGUGGGGGAAAAUAUUAGUAAUGUAAUGUCAAGUCGCCUGAGUUUAAUAUGUGGGACAUCUACAUGUCACAUGGCUGUUAAUAGCAAACCGGUUAUGGUGAAUGGUAUUUGGGGCCCUUACUUCAGUGCAAUGGUACCGAAAAUGUGGCUCAAUGAAGGUGGCCAAAGUGCUUCUGGGAUGCUUCUUGAUUAUGUGAUAUCGAGUCAUCCAGCUGGUGCAGAACUUCUGAAGAAAUGUAGUACGGGCAAUGUACGUGAACAUUUACGAAAAAUAUUAAACGAAAUGGCUGCUUCGAAAGGAUUUACCGAUCUUAAUCUAUUGACGAAAGAUUUUCAUAUGUGGCCAGAUUUUCACGGAAAUCGUUCUCCUUUAGCUGAUCCCACCAUGAUGGGUAUGCUUGUGGGAUUAACAAUUAAUAGCAGUGAGGAUAAUUUGGCGCUUUUGUAUCUGGCAACACUUCAAGCGUUAUCAUAUGGAACAAGACACAUUAUUGAGGCUCUCACAAAAUCUGGAUAUGAGCCAUUUAAAUCUUUACUCAUUUGUGGUGGGUUAGCUAAAGACCCAUUAUUUGUCCAGAUUCAAGCUGAUUCCCUCGGACUGCCUGUGUUAAUGCCACAUGAAAAAGAGUCAGUUUUAGUGGGCGCUGCUAUAUUAGGCGCUUGUGCAUCACAAUACUUUUAUACUAUGCAAACAGCUAUUAAAAAUAUGGGUGGCCAAGCUAACGUUAUACAUCCGAAUGCUUCAAUGAAAUCAUUCCAUGAUAAAAAAUACAAUGUCUUCAUUAGAAUGUUCCAAGAUCAGUUGCAGUAUAGAAAAAUGAUGAAUUAGAAUGUUUAUAUUAUUAUGUAUUACUUAUAAAUGUAGAUAAAAUUGUUGCAAUAAAGUUUAUAGUUUAA